UCCGGGGAGCAGUAAUGGCGUACGGCGGCAGGAAGUGACGGCAUCGGCCGGCGCCGAGUCGGCUUGCUUCUGACCCGCUCUGCUGGGGCGUGAGGGAGAACAACCUUGCCUAGGGGUCCUGCGGCGUGCCGGUCUUCGUGUUCGCCUACCGUGGGCUGCGGAGGCCCCGGCUCCGAUCCCACCAUGACGAGAUGGGCCCGGCGGAGCGGCCCAGGUGGGGAGAGGGCGCUGGAUGCCACCCCGUGGGAGGAGAUGGCUGGUGGCCCCGGCCCGCGCCCCCGCGGGAAGGAGCAAGAGAAGGGGAAGAAGAAGAAGAACAGGAAGAAAAAGGACUACCUUAACGAAGACGUGAACGAUUUUGUGGCGUUCCUGAGGGAAAGCCGGCCGAGCGGGGCGGGCGCCGGAGCAGAGGGAGCGGAGCUGGAGAAGGAGGUGGCGUUGGCCUUGAAGAGGGACAAGCGGCGGGAGGAUAGGAGGCUGAAGAGGCAAGAAAAGAAGAAAAAUGAUAUGGUAUGUUUCCACUGUAGGGAACCUGGCCAUGGUGUGGCUGAUUGUCCUGUAGUACUGGAAAGUCAAGAUAUGGGCACAGGAAUCUGUUACCGGUGUGGAUCCACAGAACAUGACAUCAGCAAAUGCAAAGCGAAAGUAGAUCCAGCGGCUGGGGCAUUUCCAUAUGCAAAAUGUUUCAUCUGUGGUGAGAUGGGUCAUCUGUCAAGGUCAUGUCCAGAUAAUCCCAAGGGACUAUAUGCUGAAGGUGGCAGCUGCAAACUUUGUGGUUCUGUGGAGCACUUCAAAAAAGACUGUCCGGAAAAGCAGAACUUAGAUCAGGUUACAGUUGGGCGAUGGGCCGCUGGAAUGAGUGCAGAUUAUGAAGAAAUUAUGGAAACAUCGAAGCUGCCAAAACCAAAAGGGAAGGUAGCCAAAGUUGUUACUUUCUGAAGGCCUUUUGGCUCUUAAACCACUGGUGGCUACACUGCUUCACUCCAGCAUAGUGACUACAGGGGUGGAUGGCUGAUUCCAGAAAAUCAAGCAGGCUGCUGCUGCUAAAUUUUUGCCUGCCCCUCAUUUUUCCAGUGUGCCUCCCAGACUCCCCUAGCUUACUGAAAACCUGGAAACAGCAGAAAUGCAGCAAGUUCGUAUUUUGUUUUUAUUUCUCUCUGCCAAAAUACAGCAUUCCCUCUGAUUCACCCAGCUCUCUGCAGAGGGAAAUUGGCUUCUUCUCACAACAGGGAUGUGGUUGCAGUAACCAAACAGCAUAUGUGCAUUUCAUCACAAGGGUCUGUGACCACUGGAUUUCGGUGAUCAAUAUUGCUACCUUGCGUGCUGGUUUUACAUAUUGGGGUGGACACAGUCAUGCUGGUCUUAAAGAGUAUUUAUGUAUCUCACAGAGCGGCAUUAUGGGUAUUUUCUGGUUUGUUUUUUCCUUCUUCUUCUAGAAAGAUUUAUUUCUUUCUCUAUGUGCAAGCCUGAGCAGUCUUGCAGUGAAGUUAUUGGGUACCCUGCAGCCUGUAGAGCAAUUACCAUGGCUCACCUAAAUGUAGAGGUGUUAACCCGGUGGAUACACUCUUUGGAUUGUUGAGUAUUUGUUCACUAAGACAAACAGAGUCAAGCCGUUCCUCUGAUAUCUGUGGUGAAUACAUCUGGAAAGAGUUGGAAAGUAAGUGAGCAACUUUCUUAAUUUCUUUCAAGGAAAGUGCUCAAAAGUCUUCAGUGUUUCUGAAGACUUUUCCUUGGGGUGAGUUGGGAA